AUGAAAGAUUCGUUUAUCAUAUUUAAUAAUGAAAAUUUUCAAGGAACAAAUGUGAGUGCUAUUGUUGAUUGUACAAUAACACCAACUAACGCUCCAAGUGGAAGUUUUUCUUCUAAGAUGUCGUUCUACAGUGGUAAGUACAAGAGGUAUUGUAUUAUAAUUGAAGUUGUUGUUAACUCUGUUACUGGGACUGCAUGUUUUGUUUCAGAAGGAGAACCAGGUGCUUCUCAUGAUAUGAGAUUGUUAAAAAAAACUUCUGAUGAUAUUAACUCCAUGCUCAAUGGUACUAAACUCAUUGGCGACAAAGGUUUUAAAGGAAUUCAGUCGCUUAUCCCCAAUGGUUUUGUUCCAACAGAGUCUCCACUUUUGGAAAAUAGAUGUCUGGUUGAUCCUUACUUUGGACGUCUCAAAACUGUUUAUGCAUUUGCCAGAGAGAAAUACAACAAAGAUACUGUAAUAUACGACGAUCUAAUAACUUUAUGUUGUUGUUUCUGUAAUGUGGAUAUUGGAAUCAACCCGCUUAUUAACGUAGAUCAGACAAAUUAUAAAAAUAUUUAA